AUGAAUCCAUGUCGAAUUUGUGGCAGGGAAUUCCGUCGCAAGUCGAAAAUAAAAUGCUCCGGUCAUCGUCCGCAGUGUCUUGCAUGUGCUGAGCGAGAAGUCUCUUGCGAGUACACUUUGCCGAUUGCUAGUGGUGAACAAAAGCAUCAGCGCGAUGAUUCUCAUUCUACACACAGAUCGACUCCACAUUCUACUACAUCAUAUGCCAUUGACUAUGGAAAUAAAGCCCCAAUCCAUCUAGAGUCGACUGAAGAUACCGAUAAGGAGCCGCAAUCCGUUUCGGUUGAAUCGGACACACAAGCCCCAACACCUCUCCCAUCUUUUCCAACACAGCAUUUUGGCACAUAUCUUACUGAAAGGGCUCACAACGUUCCUCUGACAGAUCCUUUUAUUGCCAGUUACGAUGAUACACACUUUGAUUGGGUCCUUCGAGAUGUCGGAGACAGAGUGGAUUUCAACGCGCUUGAUUUCUCUCCCGACCGCAUGCUGCUUGACCACACGAAUUCGCCAUUGUUCUGGUCAACAUAUCAGAAUUAUCCAAAUAACGCCCAAGAACCUGCCUCUAAAUAUAAGGAAGGCAAUGCCCAACAGGAGGCGUGGCUUCUUGACCCACAUGAACCUUCCGAGAGAUCCCUAGAUAUUCCAAGUCUAGGUGGUCAACGCACUGAUCUAUCUAAAGCGGGAUCGUACUCUCAGCUUCGACAUCUCACCGAAGAAGAUCGAGAUCGCAUCCAACGAUCUGCCAAGGCUUGCCUUGAGGAGCCGCUUUGGGCUACAGUUUCUUUUUCUGAUUUUCCAAGCAAAGAAAAGCUAGAUCAUUGCAUCGAUCUUUUCUUUAUCAACUUCCAGCCAGGCGAACGUGAACCACGGGUCGCACGCUCCGAAUCUUUCAUGGCGGCACAGCUGCUCCAGGGCAUUUACGGAUAUUGCAGCGGCGACAAGGUCUUGUUCAAUUUUAGCGAGAGCUUAAGAUGGUCAUUGGUCCGAACUGCGAAACAGGUUGGUCUGUUUCAUGACAUGCCACAGCAGGCUCUCUCUACUCGUAACGAGGGUGCAGAGACCCGUUGGAUGUCCUGGAUUGCUACUGAGCGACGUAAGAGACUAGGAUGGGCCAUAUACGAAUUUGAUGCCCUAGUGAGCGUUCUUCACAAUCAACGCCCGGCUUUCAGCACGGGUGAUCUGACGCUUUCUCUCCCUGAUGAUGCAGACCACUGGGAAGCUCCAUCAGCAUACUCUUGGAUGGCUCUCCGCCCGUGGACAAUAGAUCCAGAACCGAUUGGUUUUCGGCUUGCUGCUCGUAGCUGUUUUGAUGCAAGUGUCAUUGAGAAUGUUCAGCUGACUGAUACUCAACAUAUUCAUAUCCUUGUGGUGAUGCUAGCUCGCUUUGUUUGGUCACUUAAAGAGCUACAAGUGUCCCCCCUCAUGGACGUGGUACCUGAUUAUUUACCAAUUGACCAGCAUAAAAUGACACUUACGGACAAGAUGAGCGACUUUUUGGCUUCACCUCACGCAUUAAAAGACUCUACAACGGCGGAUGAUCGCGUCAUUUCUCAUGUUGCUCAGAGAGCCCUGAUUAUCCACAUGUCGCAUUUAUACGGCGCAAGCGAUUUGAUGGAUUGGUUACCAGCUCUACUUCGAAGUGCGGGCCUUAACAAACCCGCUCGCGAACGCAUGGCCCAAUGGGGAAAAGAAGAUCCUGCACGAGUACGCAAAGUUAUAUACCACAGCUCGCAAAUCAUAGCGAUUUGUCGGGACUUCCCGUUUAACACUCCAUACGAGUCUUUUUACGUUUUCUACGCCGGCUCUGUAUUGUGGUGUUCCGCUACUCUGCUGACUUCUCCUCUCAGAGAUACCAUAUGUGGUGCAAGUAGCGAACAUAUUGAUUCAGAAACGGACCAUGCCAUCCUUCUAUUGGACAAACCAUCAGCUGCUAAUGUGGAAGAUUGGACUCUUGAGAUUCUUCAGUGGGUUCAAGCGGGCGGCGGGAAUAUCCAACUUGGACUGUAUGGCGUGCCAAAUUUGGCCGCAGCAGCGAGCCGUGUGCAGGUGCUUCAGGAGACAGUCCGCAUAUUGCAAAACAUGCGCUUUUGGGACAUUUCACGGGCAUUUGCGUCAACCCUCAGACGCCUUAUACGAGCUUCCAGCACUGUUGAAUAUAUGACAUUUCUUAAGCAUUUAUCAACUAAAUUAAACAGAGGUAGCUCAUUCAAUGAGAUAGACCAGCCUUUUUCUAUGUACAGUCCCAGCUUUUAA